AUGCGCUACUCGCACUCCCGCACGCUUCUCGACGUGGAGCGGCAGCAGCGGGACGGCCGCCACGGGUGGCAGGCUCGCAUGUGGCACCUGACGUGGCUCACCUUGGUGCUUCUCGGCUUCUACGUCGUCUGCACGUACAACGUGUGGCGGUACCCGCGGCCGGUGCGUCAUGUGUGGAUCGACAGUGUGCUCGUGGAGGUGGUGGAGGACGACUGGGUGGAGAGGGCACGACCCUGGCUGCUCUACGGCAGCUUCGGCUGCGGCGCCCUCCGCGUCCUCCUACACUGCGUCUUAUGCCCCGCUGCGAGCGCAGCGCCGGCCGGCAACACUGGGGCCACGGCAACUGCUCGCGAGAGAACGCGAGGUGGCCGAACGAGGGCCGCCACCGCAACCGCCCACAACGCAAGUCAGCCAUCACUCAUGAAGGAGAUCAGCACGAUUGCGGUGCCGGCAUGGGCUCGGCGCCGAUCUGAUGGCAACCUGCCACGUGGCACUCGCGGCGCUGUGCCGGCGGAUGCGACCGCUGCCGCCGCCGCCUUGGCCCCGCAGAAGAGCACAUUUGACCCAACGCGGCCCAUGCGCACUGAGAAGGACCUCGAGUGGUUCCUGGCGUGCGAGAACGCACAGCAGCAGCAGUGGCGCUCGGCGGAAGCUGCCCUCUCCGGCGCAGUCGCGCUUCACUACCGCGAUAGGGUUGGGGCUUCUGCGGCGGGUGGCGGUGGCGUGGACAGCGGUCCAGUGGACGCUGCCGAGCGCGAUGUCAUCUCAGUACUGUAUGAAAGCAAGCCGUUGCAUCAGCGCGGCCGCAGCGGCACUGCGGCACCCGCCGCCUUCGGCGUGCACAGCUCCUCGCCCUCGUCGUCGUCGUUGUCCAUCCCCUGGGCGGACCUCGGGAUCUUCCACCUCGAGGAGACCCUCCAGCGCACACGGGAGUGGAUGAGCGAUGUGUGUCGCCGCCUAGUGGCCGACGUGGAGCAGUGCGACCGCUGGUUCAACGAGCAUCAGAUCGAGGCGUACGACUGCCACCACUCCCUGCAGGAGCUUGCACCGGCGCCGCCAUCGCAUCCACAGCCGGCAGCGAUGGCCCCGGCGCCCACAAUGCGCUGGGGUCCCCCGGCACCGGUACCCUCCGUAGCCGCCGCUCCUCAGCACGAAACCAAGUUGGUCUCCCUCUUGAGGGAGAAGGGGCGCUGUCGCCAGACGCAGCAGGGGAUGCAGGAUCUGGAUAUGGCGCUGCGCUACGAUCAGCGCCUCACGCUAGAAGUGCGUCUCGACGUCAGCGGGACCUUCUCCUCCUCGUCUGCGGCGCCACCCUCGAAUGCCGAGCUGACGGCCUGCCGCGAGUACGUGCUGCAGCGUUUGCGGACGUUCGCCAAGCAACGCUAUCUCAUCUCGUACAACAGUAGCGGCGGUGAUGUGGAGACGUGGCGCAGCGGCUUCCCCUGCGACGCCCAUCUCCUCCUGCACGUCCUGCGUACGUCGGUGAAGGGGCUAAAGGAAUACGUGCUGUUCGGCUACCAGACAGGACUGCAGGCGCAGGACCUUGCGCUCUACGUUGGCGACACAGGCGAACCGUACUUCUACGUACGCUUCCGCCAGGGCAGCAACGAGACGCUCUUGUCCACCCGACAAGGCCCAACGUCGCUCAUGGAGGCCAUACUAGCCUUUGCCGCGGUGGUGCACGUCUACUACCACGACGUGUACGGCGGGGUGCGCAGCACGGUGGACCUGAACGAGGUGGGGCUGCUGAAGGUGGUGACGGAGGGUCGUCGUGUCGAUUGGACCAGCACCGGAGGCGAGUCGUGA